CAGCCAACUUCACGGUGUAAUUUCAUGAAGUCUUCCAAAACACGAGAGGGCGCUGUAUAAAUCAUUGCUUGAAACCAUGGAAACCACCCGGACGUUGGUUGUACUUGUUAGCUCGCUAGCUAGCUAACAAGUAAAACCAACAUCCGCUAGCGAGCUAGCUAGCUAGCUAGCAAAUACAUGCAUGCACAUGUCGAUACAAACGUUUCCUCUAGAAAUGGAUUUAAACGUCAAGAAAACGAGUUCAAAGGCGUUGCUUUCAUGUGGGAACGGAGAAGGUCUCAGUGAGAAGCUCCUCCUCAAGCCGAAGGCCGGCAGACCCCCCCAGACGGAGAGAGUCCCGAGAAGCAGCGUGCUGGAGCGGCUGCAGACCUUCCUGCCCCAGAUGGCCGCGGCCAACGAGAAGCUGCAGCUGCAGAUGGCCGACGCUCCGGCCGGACGCUUCGACAUCGAGAGCGUGGACGAGGCCGAGCGGGUCAUCGAGAUGGACGUGGCGCUGGUGGAGCUCAGCGGGUCGGACAGCGACUCAGAAGAUGGAGACAGGACGUCGUCGGGGGAGGAGGAGGAGGAAGAGGAAGAGGAAGAGGAAGAGGGGGAGGAGGAGUCCGACUCCAUCAGCGAGCAGACCCUUAAACUACCGGGAGACAAAGGCAAGAGGAAGAGAGCCGACAUCCAGGUUCUCCAUCCACCGGGAGAGUAGAGGAAGUCUCCCGCAGACGUUUCGGCUGCUUGUUGACUUGCUUUUCUCUACGGGGUGAUGCGGGUUAAACAGACCAGGGACAAAAACCUCAGGCGUGGACUUUCACAGACACAGAGACGGAGAACAGGAAGACACAGAUCUUUCUCAUCUUAUCCCAUCCCUAUGGGAACAAAUAUCAUUUUGUACACUGAAGGCUCUCAGCUGUAAAAGUGCCUUUGGAGGCAGACCAGAUGCUGGGGUUCCCUCAUCCAGUCUGGCCCAUCAGCUGACCUCCGAGUGGACAUAAUGUGCAGGGGGUUCCCCAGGAAAGUUGUUAAGCCUGAGUGUCUUUUUUUUGUCAAG